CCUACAGCCAUGAAUCUCCAUUCCUUAGAAACCCUAAUUGGGAAUUAUUUCUCAAAGGCCCCAAAAAGAGCUGCACUCUUACUGUCAUCAAUCCUUAUUCUCUUUGCUGUCAUUCCUCUCUCCUUCUGUAUCAAAAUUCCUUCUUUCCUUUUGAUAAAUUCUACUCUUUGGGGCAACAACAUAAGAGAUUCUACUGCUAACGAUCUUGGGGCCUUUAAAGAAACCAGUAGAAGUUGUGAUAUAUUUACAGGAGAAUGGGUUCCUGACCCAAAGGCCCCUUAUUACACCAACACCACAUGUUGGGCCAUUCAUGAUCAACAAAAUUGCAUGAAAUAUGGAAGGCCAGACACUGGGUUCAUGAAAUGGAAGUGGAGACCAGAUGAGUGCGAGAUGCCGGAGUUCAAUCCGUCGGAGUUUUUCGAGACUGUGAGAGGGAAGUCCAUAGCUUUCGUGGGCGACUCGGUUGCGAGGAACCAUAUGCAGUCCUUGAUUUGCCUCUUGUCCAGGGUGGAGUACCCUGUGGACGCCUCCAUUGUCAGUGACGAGAGGUUCAGGCGUUGGUUCUACACCACCUACAAUUUCACCAUUGCUGCCUUUUGGUCCCCUUACCUUGUCAAAUCUAUGGAAGCUGACCCUUUGGGCCCCAUGCACACAGGGCUAUUUAACCUCCAUCUCGAUACCUUUGAUGACAAUUGGACAGCCCAGAUCGAAGGAUUUGACUAUGUCAUCAUAUCUGCCGGCCAUUGGUUCGUUCGACCUAUGGUCUUCUAUGAGCAAGGCAAAGUCGUUGGGUGCUUCUAUUGCAAACAGAAGAAUAUCACAGACUUGGGCAUAUACUAUGCCUAUAGAAGAGCCUUCAGAACAGCAUUCAAAGCCAUUAAUGGGCUACAAAAUUUCAAGGGUACAACUUUCUUGAGGACCUUUGCCCCUGCGCACUUUGAGGGUGGUCUUUGGAAUGAAGGUGGGAACUGUAUAAGAACCAAACCUGUCAAGAGCAAUGAGACAAUGUUAGAGGGGAUGAGCAUGGAGUUGUACAUGAUCCAAAUUGAGGAGUUUAGAGAUGCAGAAAGAGUGGCUCGAGAGAGAGGGCACAAAUUUAGAGUUAUUGACACUACCCAGGCUAUGUUAAUGAGGCCUGAUGGCCACCCCAGUAGGUUCGGGCACUGGCCUCAAGAGAAUGUGCCAUUGUACAAUGAUUGUGUGCACUGGUGCCUUCCGGGUCCAAUAGAUAGCUGGAACUCUUUUCUACUUGAAAUGUUGAAGACGGAAGUUGGGAGGACACUCUUACGAUGACACCUGCAGCACUUGGGGAGAGAGACUGAAACAAAUAAUCACCAAAUUGGAAUUAGAAGUCUCAAAAGUUCAGAAUGGAUUUGGAAAGGAGAAAGAUGAAAAAGACCAGAAUGGCUUUGGAAGAGAGAGUUUAAAACCAUGAAAUUGGAUUUAUAUCUUAUGGAUACGUUAUACAAGGAAAGAUUCCAGGAAUUAAUUUAGUGUUGUGUGUUUGGUACAAGAUAUCUGUCCAAAUAGUCAUAAAUGUAACGGUGAUGUAUUUGUAACAUCACCCUAAUGUGUCUCAUUAUAUCGCAGUUGAAGGCCUAAUUGGGAUACUUUUACAUGCAAAUAAUGGCCUACAUUACCAUUUGCAGACUGUCCCCCAUUUUGUUGGUCAGUAAAUAAUUGAUAUUUGUAUAUUCUGCAGUGAAUUGUACCAGAAGAUACCAAAAUAUUUGCUCUCCUCUUUGUCUACAUAUUAAAAUGACCUUGAGAGCUGUAUUGCUUUGUUUCCUCUUUUAACCAAGUCAAUGACAUAAAUGCCCUCAAUCUCCCUUGACUUAACUGGUCACUAAGUACUAAUAAAAAGUCCAUAUUUAUCCCUGACAAUGGCUGUCUCAAGUAUUAUAGAAAAUCAGAAGAAUAUUUCCAUGUUAUUAACAAAGGCCAGUAGGCUGCAAAUGCCUAAGCCUAACGAAACACCUAAAAAGCCUUUCUGCAAGACCACUAAUCAAAAGAAAGAGACUCAACACAAAUAAAUCAAGAAGACUGAAAAACUAGACUACUCAGGACUAGUAAACUCCACCAUAAAUCUUGAUGCCCCCAACUCAAAGCCUCCUUGGCAAGAGGAAGUAAAAAGUGCCACCAUCUUCAAACUUAGUGGAGAAAACUUUAUCACUAACUACUUAAUGGUUUGGUCAAAAUUUCUAGGACUCCCUAGUUCAUUGUGGAAAGAGAGGAUCUUUCAUUCCACCAUCCACCGCAAGAGGCCUAUCAAAACUUAGCCAAGGAUAACCCUUAAGGUCAAUUUUUGGUAGCCAAUAUACGAAUCUCAAAUUGUAAAGCCUACCAAAAGAGUUAGUUUCAAAAAAAAAAACGUCCUGUCAAAAGUUCCCAUUUUGGCAUCGGACCACAGAAGCUUCAUCCAGAUAUUUUUCCUGAGCCUUUGAAAUCAUAAGGAAACCAGCAGUUUGAUUUCCCUUGGCAAACCAUCUAAACCCAUGAAUGUGUUACAACUCAUCCAACUCCUCAACAGAAUCAAGAACCUAGCUCCACUAAGUCAGUAGUGGAACCCUCAGAGACACAGGGAUGGGACCCAGACUUAACCAAACCUAAAGUUAUUAGACCCAAACCCAAACCGACCCAAACAAAAAAAAAAAGCUUUAAA